ACUGCAGUGCAUCUGCAGCACUGAUAUCUCUGUAUUGCAUCAUUCUGUUGGAGAGUCAGAAAUCUACAGCACUUGGGAGGAAGUGUCCCUUGUGAGUUUUACAGCAAAGUCAGUAAUUUUAAGGACUGGAAUCUGACAUGGCACACAGAAAAUCCAGACUUCACCCAGUGCUUUCAGAACACAGUCCUGCUCUGGAUCCCUUGCAUUUACCUGUGGGUCUGCUUCCCAGUGUACUUCCUACACCUUCGUUGUCAUGACAGAGGUUACAUACAAAUGUCAAACCUCAACAAAGCCAAAACGGCUUUGGGCUUAAUACUGUGGAUAGUCUGCUGGGCAGACCUUUUCUACUCUUUCUGGGAAAGAAGUCAAAAUAUUUUUCGAGCUCCAUUUUUUCUUGUUACACCUACAGUAUUGGGUAUAACAAUGUUGCUUGCCACAUUUUUAAUACAAUAUGAAAGAUUAAAAGGAGUCCAGUCUUCAGGUGUAAUGAUGAUUUUCUGGCUCAUCUCAUUGUUGUGUGCCACAGUGGUUUUUAGAUCCAAAAUAAUACAUGUAAUUUACGUUGGUGCUGAAGUGGAUGCAUUUCGUUAUGUCACCUUCUGCAUCUACUUCAUCCUGUUACUUGUACAGCUCAUCCUGUGUUGUUUUCCAGAACGACCACCUUUGUUUUCUGAAACAGUAAAUGAUCCUAAUCCGUGUCCAGAGUUCAGUGCUUCUUUCCUCUCCAGAAUUACAUUCUGGUGGAUCACUGGGUUGAUGGUUCAGGGUUAUCGGAGACCUUUGGAAGCCAAGGAUUUGUGGUCGUUAAAUAAAGAGGACAAAUCGGAGGAGAUAGUGCCAGGUUUGGCUACGAACUGGGCAAAAGAAUGGGCAAAGACCAAGAGGCAACCAUUAAACAUGUUAUACUCGCCUAAAAAGCAGCAAAAAUCAAGCGACUCAAAUGGUGAUGUGACAGAAGAGGCUGAAGCUUUGAUUAUAAAACCAUCUCAGAAGAGCUCUGAAGCAUCUUUGUUCAAGGUGUUAUAUAAAACCUUUGGACCAUAUUUUCUCAUGAGCUUCCUGUUUAAAGCUGCACACGAUCUUUUGAUGUUUGCAGGCCCAGAAAUUCUGAAAUUGCUAAUCAACUUUGUAAAUAACAAAGCUGCCCCAAACUGGCAAGGCUACUUUUAUACAGGGCUGCUGUUUGUUUGUGCCUGUCUUCAGACACUGAUUCUUCACCAGUACUUUCAUAUUUGCUUUGUAACUGGAAUGAGGCUCAAGACAGCUAUUGUUGGUGUAAUUUAUCGAAAGGCACUUUUUAUCACAAAUUCUGCUAGAAAGACUUCUACUGUGGGUGAGAUUGUGAAUCUGAUGUCUGUGGAUGCUCAGAGAUUCAUGGACUUGGCUACCUAUAUAAACAUGAUUUGGUCUGCACCUCUCCAGGUGAUAUUAGCACUGUACUUACUGUGGCAGAAUUUAGGUCCUUCAGUGCUGGCAGGUGUGGCUGUCAUGAUCCUUCUGGUUCCAAUAAAUGCUGUGAUGGCAAUGAAGACAAAAACCUAUCAGGUGGCUCAAAUGAAGAGUAAAGACAACAGAAUUAAGCUGAUGAAUGAAAUUCUCAAUGGGAUUAAAGUUCUAAAACUUUAUGCUUGGGAAUUAGCCUUCAGAGAGAAGGUAUUAGAGAUCAGACAGAAAGAACUCAAAGUCCUAAAAAAAUCAGCUUACCUUGCUGCAAUGGCAACCUUCACUUGGGUUUGUGCUCCUUUUUUGGUUGCCUUGUCCACAUUUGCUGUGUACGUCACGAUAGACAAGAACAACAUCUUGGAUGCUCAGAAGGCAUUUGUUUCCCUAGCGUUAUUCAACAUCCUCAGGUUUCCACUGAACAUGCUUCCUAUGGUUAUCAGCAGCAUAGUAGAAGCCAGUGUCUCCUUGAAGCGCCUUAGGGUGUUCUUGUCUCAUGAAGAGUUAGAUCCAGACAGUGUAAUCAGAGGUCCCAUCACCUCUGAGGCUGAAGGAAGCAUUAUUGUGAAGAAUGCAACGUUUAGCUGGUCCAAAAAUGAUCCUCCUUCACUGAGCAGCAUUAAUUUCACUGUUCCUGAAGGCUCUUUGGUCGCUGUUGUUGGUCAAGUUGGCUGUGGAAAGUCUUCACUGCUGUCUGCAUUACUGGGGGAGAUGGACAAAAAGGAAGGCUACGUGGUUGUUAAGGGCUCAGUGGCCUAUGUUCCUCAGCAAGCCUGGGUCCAAAAUGCAACUCUGGAAGAUAACAUUAUCUUUGGAAGGGAGAUGAAUGAGAGUCAGUACAAGCGUGUGAUUGAGGCUUGUGCACUGCUGCCUGAUAUAGAAAUUCUUCCUACAGGAGACAAAACAGAAAUCGGAGAAAAGGGUGUGAAUUUGUCUGGAGGACAGAAACAGCGAGUCAGUCUUGCUCGGGCAGUUUACUGUAAUGCAGAUGUCUAUUUAUUUGACGAUCCUUUAUCAGCUGUUGAUGCUCAUGUUGGGAAACAUAUUUUUGAAAAAGUUAUUGGACCAAAAGGAAUCCUGAAAAAUAAAACACGGGUUUUGGUAACCCACGCCGUCAACUAUCUGCCUCAAAUGGAUACAAUUCUGGUGAUGACUGAUGGAGAAAUCUCUGAGAUGGGCUCCUACCAGGAGCUGCUGAAGCAAGACGGGGCUUUUGCUGAGUUUCUUCGUACAUAUGCUAAUGCUGAACAAAACAUGGAGAACAGUGACUCAGAUCCUUCGUUAGAAGGAACGAUUCAACCUCUGGAAACAGAUACAAAUAGUCCAUCUGGAAAGGAAGGGAAGCCUAUAGAAAACGGAGUGCUUGCAAAUGAAGCCCCUGGAAAGCUGAUGCAUAGGCAACUCAGUAACUCUUCAACAUACAGCAGAGACACUGGGAAGUCACAGCAGCAGAGCAGCACAGCAGAGCAGCAGAAACCACUUGCUGAAAAGAAUUCCUGGAAACUGACGGAGGCUGACACAGCAAAGACCGGGAGGGUGAAGGCAACUGUGUACUGGGACUACAUGAAAGCAAUUGGACUCUUUAUCUCUUUCUUGAGCAUUUUCCUCUUUAUGUGUAAUCAUAUAGCGUCCCUGGCUUCCAACUACUGGCUGAGUUUAUGGACAGAUGAUCCUGUUAUCAACGGGACACAGCAGUACACAAAUGUCCGACUGGGAGUGUAUGGAGCACUGGGAAUUUCUCAAGGUAUUGCUGUGUUUGGCUACUCGAUGGUUGUGUCAAUAGGAGGAAUAUUUGCUUCACGACACCUGCACCUUAACCUGCUACACAAUGUCCUCAGGUCACCAAUGAGUUUCUUUGAACGUACACCCAGUGGAAAUCUGGUGAACCGUUUCUCUAAGGAGAUAGAUACCAUUGACUCCACCAUUCCACCAAUCAUCAAGAUGUUCAUGGGCUCAACGUUUAAUGUGAUUGGGGCUUGUAUCAUCAUUCUGCUGGCCACACCUAUAGCUGCUGUCAUUAUUCCACCUCUGGGAAUUGUCUACUUGUUUGUGCAGAGAUUUUAUGUGGCCACUUCUCGCCAGCUCAAGCGCCUUGAGUCUGUCAGUCGUUCUCCUGUGUAUUCUCACUUCAAUGAGACCCUCCUGGGAGUCAGUGUCAUUCGGGCCUUUGAGGAGCAGAAACGUUUCAUAAAGCAGAACGACAUGAAAGUGGAUGAAAAUCAGAAAGCUUAUUAUCCAAGUAUUGUUGCAAACAGGUGGCUGGCUGUCCGUCUGGAGUACGUGGGGAACUGUAUUGUUCUCUUUGCAGCAUUGUUUGCAGUGAUUGCACGCAACAAACUCAGCGCAGGUCUAGUUGGCCUCUCAGUGUCCUACUCACUGCAGAUAACAGCAUACUUGAACUGGCUAGUUCGCAUGUCAUCUGAGCUGGAAACCAACAUUGUUGCUGUUGAAAGAGUCAAAGAAUACGCUGAAAUGGAGAAGGAGGCUGAAUGGAGUAUUGAACAAACCGCCCCAGCGAGUACCUGGCCUGAGGAAGGGAAGGUUGAGUUUCGAGGCUAUGGUUUACGCUACCGGGAAGACUUGGAUUUGGUUCUGAAAAACAUAAAUGUUACCAUAAAUGGGGGUGAGAAGAUUGGAAUAGUUGGAAGAACAGGAGCUGGAAAAUCCUCCCUUACUUUAGGUUUGUUUCGAAUUAAUGAAGCAGCUGAAGGAGAAAUUAUUAUUGAUGGAAUUAAUAUUGCAAAGAUAGGGCUCCAUGACUUGCGGUUCAAGAUCACCAUCAUCCCUCAGGAUCCAGUAUUGUUUUCUGGCUCUCUGCGUAUGAAUCUUGAUCCUUUUGACCAACACUCUGAUGAAGACAUUUGGAGGUCUUUGGAAUUGGCUCACCUGAAAAACUUUGUAUCAUCCCUUCCUGAUAAACUUAAUCAUGAGUGUGCUGAAGGUGGAGAGAACCUCAGUGUGGGACAGCGCCAGCUGGUGUGCCUGGCACGAGCUCUGCUCAGGAAAUCCAAAAUCCUGGUUCUAGAUGAAGCCACAGCUGCUGUUGAUCUUGAAACAGAUCAGCUUAUACAGUCAACAAUAAAGUCUCAAUUUGAAGAAUGUACUGUAUUAACUAUAGCACAUCGUCUGAACACAAUCAUGGACUACACAAGAGUUUUAGUCCUGGACAGAGGAGAAGUGGUGGAGUGUGGCAGCCCAGACCAUCUACUUCAGGAAAAAGGCAUUUUCUAUAGCAUGGCCAAAGAUUCAGGCUUGGUGUAGCAUUUGAACUUGGUUAGUUUGUGCAGGGGAGAGGGAGGUGAUACAUUCAGACAACUGUAACUUCACUGAGUUGGUGUGAACCCUACAGUUCACUUUCAGACCUAGUGAAGUCCGUCAGAGCACGGUGAUGGGAGUAACGUAAAAAUGCAAUUUUGUUUCUUUUUUUUUAUUCUCCUU